AAGGAGCUCAACCAGCUCUUCGACGCCUACGAUUUGGACGAGAGCGGCCAGCUCGACCCCCAGGAGUUCGCCAUGUGCCUCGAAUCUUUGGACCUGGGCAUCGACCGGGGCCAGAUCGACGCGCUUUUAGUGGUCGCGGACGCGGACAACUCCGGCCUCGUGGACCGCAAGGAGUUCAUGGCCUUCACCCCCCAGCUCACGGCGGAGCUCGCGGGCGAGCAGAUCAACUUGAUGGAGAUGUUCCGGCGCGCGGACGUGAACCAGGAGGGGUUCCUGGGCACGACGGAGUUCCACCGCAUGCUCGAGGCCAUGGAUUUGGGGCUCACGCAGUACCAGAUGGCGCGGCUCAUGGCCGAGGCCGACGAGAACGAGGACGGCGUGAUUUCCUACGCCGAGUUCGUGCCCGUCAUGCUCCGC